AUGAUUCGGACCGGGCGUCCAGAAGACUUCAUGAGCAAGAAGCUUUUCGUUUUUUGUCUCUUUUCAAUUGGAUUCACCAUAUUCCUACUCUUUGGCUCUCCAGCUCCACCAUCGCCUGACGAGCUCAAUGACACUUCGGUGUCCAGUCAACAUCGCCCAACCACAUACGGAGGUCGCCAGGCAAUCAGUACUUUCCUAGCUUCGAAGUCUUCCGAGAAUGCAGACCCAAAUGAUAACGACGAUGCCUACUUUGUGAGCGCGCGGACGCUUAUAUACCAGUUGCUCCACUCUCCCAUCACCAAGCUUCAACACCCAGUCCCUAUCGUGGUACUCGUCACCAAGGAUGUCAAUGAGAGCAAGCGCCAAACUCUUAGACACGAUGGUGCCAUCGUCGUUGAAGUUGAGGACGUCACACAUAGUACGCCCAUUGAUGCUGAACGUUGGACUUCUAUGGCGACGAAGCUGCACGUUUUCGAUCCCGCCAUCGUGCUCUAUGAAAAGGUCCUGUUUAUGGAGGUAGACAUGGUUCUGACCCGUCCAAUCGACAAAAUCUUCCAAGACUUCAGCACCGAGCUUGGCCCAAUUACCAAUGUCUCCCAGGUUGAACCUGGCCUCGGUCCUCUUCCUGAGCAAUACAUUCUAGCCGCCUCUCCAGAGUCACACCAGAAGGACCAUGCAUACCCGUUCCUCGACUCUGCACGUACAGUGAGCACCUUCAAUAGCGGCUUGUUCAUGUACUCUCCCUCCGUCGAGAUGUAUCAAUACUACAUGCGGCUUCUCGAUCACCCAGACCUUUAUUAUGCUGGCAUACCCGACCAGGACCUCCUCAACUACGCCCAUCGCUGGGGUGGACCGAUGUCAUGGAAGCGCUUGCACUGGUCCUGGUACAUCAAUUUGCCUAACCAGAAUGAUCUACAAGGUGAUAUGGCCUUGUUGCAUGCCAAAUGGUGGGAGCAGGGAGCGUCCCUUCCCAGCCAAUCUGUUGAGCAGUUUGCUUUUGCUCGCAGGUGGGAAAUGGAAGGAUAUUGGAUGAGACAAAAUGAAAAGCUUAGUUCUUGA